CCCAAGGCUAACCUGAAAUGGCUAUGCAUGCAACCACCAACAAGGCAGAACCACCGAAAUGAACACAGAAACCACACAACUAGUUGUAUCCCCUCCUUCAUUUUCCAUAAAGCGAGGUUGAGAACUUGUUGAUAUUCUUCAGCUGCUCUCAAUGGCAAACAAGUCUGACAUCGCCCGGGUUUUGAAAAAACCAAUAACUUAUAUAUCAGAGGCGAAUGUAAAGGCUCGUCCCUUCGGGGACAUCCGAUAAAAUUGGAACGAUACAGAGAAGAUUAGCAUGGCCCCUGCGCAAGGAUGACACGCACAAAUCGAGAAAUGGUCCAAAUUUUUUUUUACUCCCGUCUUCCCUUUCUCCUCCUUUCUUUCGUUUUCACUUUUCAUUGCGCAAAGUUUCCAUGGCAGUAUGUAACGAAAUCUGCUUUUAUUUUUAAUUUUUUACCUGGCUCUACACUUUAUUGUCAAUGGAUGGCGGAAUUGUUGAACGACACUGUUUCUGCUUUGGCGAAAAGAUAUAAAAGAAAAAUUUUUGGGUCUGUCAGAACACCGCGAGACCAUCCUGACCACGGUCGUGGCAAGAAGGAUCCUCCACCGUUCAGCUGGCACGCAUCUGAACUAUUAAUCCCGCACAGAGAAGUAUGGUUAGGGAACAGCAUUGCUCUAUUACCCUCAGCCUCCAUACUGCCCCUUUCUCACCAGCACACCCCCACUGCCUACGAAUCUCUCUCUGCCCACCCUCUCCUGUCGGCUCCCUUGGCUUCUCUCCGUCGAGGGCUAGUCGUGCCUCACUCCGUCAUGGGAUCGUCGUGCAUCCAUGUCUCUCCAUCGUCAUACUCCUCCUCCCAUCUCUACCUCCUUCAAGUGGGUUUGUUAGAAUAUUGGAUAAAGAACAAUCAUUGUGGAGCUGAAGGAAGCAUGCAAAGCAGGAUUUUGUCUUCUCUGGGCAAUGGUUUCAUGGACAAGAUGGAACAUAUAGGUACGAUUGUAAGCAUCCAAAUGAUGGAACAUAGGAGGCAGCGCUUGCUGAGUUUAUAGUCUUGGAUAUACAUCUUAAUUCUUAAGAUCAAAGUUAUGAAAAUGAAAAUGAUUAAUAAAAUGUGCCUUGAAGAGUCAUGAUUAGUAAUAUUUAGAGGUUUGAUAAGAUAGUUUAUGAAGAAUACUUGAUUGGCUAUGUAAACUGUAAAUUAGUCCUUUUCACUUUUCAUUUUGUCUGAGUUGGUUAAUGUACAUGACAUUUUCGUUUCAAUGAAUAUAUUUAUCCAGUUUUUGCUUU